AGGUGAAGCCCAAUUGGAGCAAGUGGGUCGGCUAGUUUGGAUCUUGGCUAGCUUAGAGAAAAUCUGAGUGGGUUGACUGGGUAAAUUGCCUAGAACCCGAUUUUGGCCUAAUCUAGAGAGACGUGGGCUUGCAUGAGUUCAUUCAACUAACAAAGUGUAAAUUCAUCAUGAAUAGGUUGAUCUUCAAUUCUACUUUACCCUUUUGGUUGCUUCCACUUUCCAUGCGGUGCCAUGUUGGUGUUGAGGAUGACCACAAAGAUCGGAAGCCCUCUUUUCCUUCUUUCGUGAGAUCUGCCCAUGACCCAAUGUUGCCUUGCCAUCCUCUGAUCCUCAACCUCAACUCCUCGUCGGUGGUGCAGGCAUGCAACUAUUGCUCCCUCUUCUUGUUUCGUGAAUUGCCUGCGCCUUGGAGAGUGCUUUGUGGGUUAGGGGCUUCUUAAUUACCCCUGCAAUUUUAGAUUGUAGUGUUGCCUUGCCAUCCUCGACCUCGACUCUUAGCCAGUGAUGUAGGCUUGCAGUUGCUACUUCGUCUCAUUGUUAGCUCCUGCAACUUCAAGUCUCGCUGAAGGAUUCACGUUGUCAGAGCCAGCUUUAGUGCUGUUGACACGGCUCUUGUCGAAACCUUCAAGUCUGCCAUUGACCUCUUCUACAAUGAGACUUUUCCUAUUAAGCAUACUAAAAGGGUGAAGGCUUUCUUUGUGUGUAUGAUGCAGUGUGACAUUCUUUUGCUUUGUUAUGUAGCUUAGUUUUAACUUUUGGUCUGUUUGAGAUUCUGAGAGGUUUGGUAAAGCAGAAGGAAUUCAAUUUUGUGUAGAAGCAAAAAGGUUAAUGGUUGAAGAAAGAAAAGAUUGUUACCUUG